AUGUCAGCAGGCUCCUGGUAUCCAGCAUAUCCAGCACCACCACUCCAAUUUCCUCGGAGUCAAUAUCCAAAUCUGAUUGCAGCAUCCUCAUAUACCGGAUCCGAUAUUUUGCUACAAAUUCGAAAAGUUGAUGAUGAUAGAAGACAAGGAGUCAAGGACAGCAGUCAAUUCCAAUUCCGAGGACUCCUAAGGCCGAAGGUCAAAAUCAUAUAA